UUCAGCUGUCAGCCCUGGAAUGUUCUCAUCGUCUCCGUCUGCAUCUCAUCACUGCGUACCAUCGCAAUCCUCGUGUGUCGUAGAAUCGUAUGUGUGACUUUUGCAUAAUUUUGGUGAAAAAGACUGAAGCAACUGAAGACCCCACUGAUGUGCACCCUAAGCCCAUGAAAUACAACACAAAACUGUGGGACUCGGUGAUAUUCCGACAACGUGCCCACUGUCAUGUGUAAUCGUGAUCGUUGUGGAUAACGUAAUUGAACUAUUACGUAGAAAGUUGUCAAUCAGUCGUCGAAUAUUGAGAGGUCGAAAGGAAAUUUGAAGUGACUCAGGAACAUUAAACCAACCGAGAGAUCAUUAUCAAUGGUGAAGAAGAAGAAGAGGAAGAAGUUAGUCCGCACUGGUGGAGAUGACGCGAUGCUCCAUCGGGCUGUGAGACCGAGGAAGUGCGGCCUUCUACGCACUCAAGCGUUGAGAAUGCUAUCGGAAAAGCGUGCCGAGGCAGAAAUAGAGGGUGAAGUGGGUGGCAGUGGUGCUGUGACACCCGGAUACUCCAAUGGCGAGGGUUCAAAGGAGUUUCUAUCAACUGGCAGAACUGGUAGACGAAAUGCAAUGCCGGACAUCCUUGGUCAACACGCUGAAACCGGAACCGCGGAUUUGCCCACACGUCUUGAACGUUUAACAACAGAAUCUCAACAUGAUCAACCUGGUACAAGUGGAAUGAUGCAGCCGGCCUCGCCGACCCAAGAACAAACGGGUUGAACCAAUUCUCUAGAUACCUCUAAAUUUCAUGACAAGUAUUGUAAGUCUGUCUCCAGGAUCCGCAGGAUUCUCCCGAUGUUGCAGACACUCUGUCAGCUUCGUAUUAUUGCGAUUAAAUACUUAAUUUCUCCUGACAAUUCUACAUCUCCAUAAAUAAAUGAGAAAAAUUGACGAUGCAACAUUGAAAAAUCGUGUGAUAUUGUACCAAGCGUUACAACUGUUGUAUUUUCUCAAGAAAUUCACGCCGAUGAAGUUAGUCAAUAAGACCAUGAAUCCUAUUUAUUUAUUUAUUUGUCAAUUAACUAACGCCUCUGAACACAGCCCUAGUAUUAUCACAAGAAUCUCAUCACCCCGAGCUGUAAAUUUCGAUGAAUAUCUUGGUAGCUGUGUCGACGACACGUGGCCUACAUUGAAUAACGAUUCCAGAAUCGCACAAUUUAAUGGGGAAAAAAAUUAUUUUGCAGUCCAUCGAUUUUGAAAGAACCCAACAGAAUGCUCUUUCCUUUUCUCACCCAGAAAAAUUUCCCUGGCCAUUCGAAUGGUACUUAUAGGCGAAGGACCCGUAGCAACGAGUGGUACUAUUUUUACGUUCAGAAUCGAUCGAUUGUACAAUGUCGACAGUAGGACGCGUAUUCACAUUGUAUUCCAUAAAAUGCCAACGCCUGUAUAAUAGGAUGUCACACAAGGCAUCUUCUCCCUUAAUUGAAAAUACACCUCUGUUGAAUUUAUUCAAAGGAAUAGGUAUCCAAGCAUUGCUACGGCCUCGUUUCAUACAGUUGUCAAAUGUAUUUUUAAUCGAUAAAUUUUUAUGAAAAGCUGUUGCAUUUGCUGUGCUGAGCAAGUGAAGACUAUUGAGAUAAUUUAACAACUAAAUUAAUACAAAUAAACCGAACCGAUGUUAUAUGUGGGAAUAUAUUAAAACAGUAUGGUGUAAAAACAUUCAGCAGAAAAAACAAUUUCCUGAAUUUUAGACGAGAAAGUGCUUGAACACCUUAAUUCUUAUUUAACAUUCAGAAUUUUUUAAAAUUAUACUUAGAUUUUUUGUAGCACCUGAAAAGUGGUUGCAAGAAAUUGUGAAAUUCAGAUAUUCGUUUUUACUGCGUUUCUGGUGAACAUUCAGCGGCACGUGCACGUGUGCUUUAUUGAAAUAUUCGUGGAAAAUAUCUGAUUGAAAAAAAGUUAAUAGAGUUCUAUUUUUUUUACAAUCCGUUUUGUUGAAGGGUUAAACGUAAAAAAUACAAAGAGAAAAUGAAAUCAUCCAUUUAUUUUUUCUAUUAAAUGUUUCAGUAGAAAUCGUGCAGAAAAGCUGCUGGAUUUUUUUUAUAGAAAUGGACGAGAAACGGAUGGAAUUUCAACACAUUUCCCUCACGAAUGAGCCAAUUGUCUUUUUUUCAUUAUUUUUUUCAUACGUUCUAUUGUGUUGUUUUCUUCCUUAUCUGGAUUCUAGUCAAUUGUGGGCAGUUGAUAUUAUUUUUUAUUUUAGGGCAUGUAUUUUCAAGACAAGUUUACGAUUGAAUUGAGACAUUUAUUUUUAGUACCAAUUGAUAUUUAUAAUUGUAUGUAAGAAUGGUGCCACAUUGAAUGACACGUUUCCACUAAUUUUUUAUGAAUAAAAGGGGUGAGUUGACAGAAAGUUUGUGUAUGAAAUAAGAAAUUAGGGAAGUUUGUAACGAUUGUAUUGAAUAAAUAAAAGGUUGUUUUUUAUAUCAAAAUGAA